CCAGAUGCAACAUCGAAACCUCCCACACGAAUCAGCGGCGGCUAGCGAUGGACAUGGGAGGGCACGGCAUGGGCAUGGGCCCGGCGGCGGCGCCCGUAGUCAGGCGGAAGCACUACAUGCACAUGACCUUCUACUGGGGCACGCAGUCGGAGAUCCUCUUCGACGGCUGGCCCGGCGCGCGCGGCGGCAUGUACGUGCUCGCCCUCGCCGCCGUCUUCGCCCUGGCCGUCCUCGUCGAGUUCCUCGGCUCCUUCCUCUCCAAGCGCGGCCGAGGCGUGGCGGCCGGGGCGGCGGCGCACGCGUUGCGCGUGGGGCUGGCCUACGUGCUCAUGCUCGCGCUCAUGUCGUUCAACGUCGGCGUGCUCCUCGCGGCCGUCGCCGGGCACGCGGCGGGGUUCCUGCUGUUCCGGGGCGGCCUGUGCGGCCGGCGGGCGCAGGUGGAGGACGGGGCCAAGGACUACCACGCGGCGACGGCGGCAUGCUAGGUCUUCGUCGAUCUAUCUUUACCGGCAAGCAGGUUUGGAAAGGUUGUUGGCGUGAUGUGAUCCCUGGACGUCCUUCCGUUGGCACGGUGCGUGCAAAUUUCGUGUUGGACGUCCCGUUUGUUAACUGUAGCGCGUCUCAUCUGGCUGCCAGAUUGUAUGGUAAUUAAUUGAUGGUGUACACUGUCGGUCUGUAAAUGCA